UUGUGAUUGCAUCCUAUUAAUGCACUCCCACAGACCGUGAGCAAAGAUGAGUCUAUUAUCAAUACAUACUUAAAAGUAUACGUCAAAUAAUGCGGAUUUAGCAGUCAACACUAAAACGUGUUUUUGAUAUAUAUAUAUUAUAUAUUUGUUUGAAAGCUCGUUUCAACAUCGUCAUGGGACGAGGAGCUGGAGGCGGUGAAAAGAAAGAGCAUCUGUACAAAAUCCUGGUGAUAGGAGAGCUCGGGACGGGGAAGACGUCGAUCAUCAAACGUUACGUCCAUCAGUUCUUCUCGCAGCAUUACCGGGCCACCAUCGGCGUUGACUUCGCGCUCAAGGUUCUCAACUGGGACGCGGAGACCAUCGUGAGGCUGCAGCUAUGGGACAUCGCAGGCCAGGAGCGGUUCGGGAACAUGACACGUGUUUAUUAUAAGGAGGCGGUGGGGGCGUUCAUCGUGUUUGACCUCACGCGCGCGGCCACGUUCGACGCCGUCACCAAGUGGAAGACCGACCUGGACCAGAAAGUGCAACUUCCGGACGGGCAGCCGGUCCCGUGUGUCCUGCUAGCUAACAAGUGCGAUCAGCCGAAGGAGGGACUUGUGAACAACAGCUCACAUAUUGACGACUUCUGUAAGGAGAAAGGCUUCAUUGGCUGGUUUGAGACCUCCGCCAAGGAGAACAUUAACAUUGACGAGUCCGCGCGCUUUCUAGUUACCCAGGUACUUCAGAACGACAGAACGAUGAAGUCCGACGAAGCUAAAGACAAGGAUGUACGGAAGUUAGACGAGGAUUCCAAACCAAAUAAAGCAGAGAAAAAGGGCUGCUGUUCCUGAAACUUAGCAUCGAUUUAAAACACAAAACUUCCAUGCAUCGUCUAUUUAAGCUUUAUUCUGGAAAAACUGGGCCUAAUCUAUGUGCCAUAAGUGUCGUUCCUGACUAGCAUGUGCAGUCCACACAGGCUUAUCAGGGACAACUCUCUCCGCCUAAACUGGAUUUUCGUUAACAAGAAACUUCAUUCAAACGAACAUUCCCAAUAAAGGCGGAAAGUGUCGUAACAGAUUAGCCUGUGCGGUCUGCACAGACUAAUCCGGAACGAGACUUUACGCAAAUGAACUAAGUCUAGUUUUGCCAGAACAAGGUUUAUUCGAAACCACAGGUUGUUAGUUGUUACUGCAUUCUGAUAUAGUCUGUAGUUGCAUUUUAUCAGCGCCAUCAGUCACUGCAGACUGCCCCUCGAAAGUCAAAAAAGUCCUAUAGACAUUUAACUGAUGAGCCUUUUUGACUGUCUAAUAACUAUUGAUGUAUUGUUUUUAUUUUUAUUAGAUUUUUACCAAAGACAUGCUACGUAUUACAGUUAUAUAACUGGUUGUAUUGCCGAUUAACGCUUGGUGUAUUUAGUUAUACAUGUUGAAGUUAUUCCGUUCGUAUAUUGUUAACUAUGAAAAACAUUUAACAAGUUUUGAGUAUGUGCUUAUUUCAUAUAAAUUAAGCUACGCAAACGGGUUUGAAGUAUAACUUUUGCCCAAUUUGAAAAUGGCUGCAUUUUAACCGAUGCAUGUACCGCAGCAAUACCGUACAUUUAAAUUAAAGUGAAUAAAUUGAGUCGCGUACGGAGAAAAACUGGGCUUAAUGCAUGUGCGUUAUGUGACGUUCCAGAUAAGCCUGUGCAAGGCCGCACAUGCAUUAAGCCCCGUUUUCUCAGAACGCGUCUCAAUUAAAUACGUCUACACGACAAAGACAUUAUCAUCAUGAAUUUAUGGCAUCUAUUGUAAAUUGUAUACAAAUGUACAAAGUGUAUAAUGUCAUUCACUGCGCUAUAAAGUUUGAUAGUUCUCCUAUUAAUAUUCAUCUUGAAAAUGAAAGCGAUUGCGCAUGUUGGAUGUUUAUCAGACCAACAUAAAAAACAACUUUUUUUUUCCACUAGCAUCGACGAAAAUUAGGAUGGGUAGGUCAGCUGUCACCUUUUCCGGAAACUAUUACGAUUUACCUUUUUAUUAUGAAUAUGCAAUUAAACAUGAAAAAAUCUUCCAAUCCCUAUAACAUUUUGUUAUGACUUUAAAUCAAGGUUUAUAUUUGCGAAUAUGAGCGAAUAUUGCAAAAAUUAUCAAACACUUAAUAGUAAAUUGUUUUGGGGUAACUAUGCUUCAAGUUAGAUUUUUGUUCGAAAAUCAACCUGGAUACAGUGUGCACAACUAAUUAGGUAAGUUUUCACGCUUUCACGCCUCUUUUAGAUCAUUUUAAAUAACGUACGUAUGCUUAUACUCGGCCUAAUUUGUUCGUGCAAUAUAUAAAAUGUGCAUGCGUCAGUCUGUUCUGUACCUUCAACGCGAUUGAGCAUUUAACGCCCAUAUUGUAUACGUGAUAUUAUUAAAAACCAAAGAGUACUCAUUUCACGUGUGUUCGUGUUUGUUUUCAUUUUGUGAAAAAACUUUAUAUAAACUAUUUACUUGUUGACGCAUAUACAUGUUCGAAUAUAGUAAAUCUUUGAUGAAACGUGCUUGCUAAUUUUCUUCAUAGUGUGUGUAUCCACCGCCUUAAUCAUUUCGUGAGUAACACUACUUAAAAUGAUUUAACUCCAAUGUUUAAAGCAUAUCUCGCAAGGUUUUAUCAACCGCCUUCACAAGGCAUAACAUAAAAAUUCGUUUGUUUCCGCUUACGACACCGACCUUAAUUGUUGGUGUCGAGCCUAACAUUUUUCUUUGGUCUUGGUAUUUCUAGUUGAGUUUUCGAUCAUUUUUCUUCAUUCGAUUAUAUUUAAAAUGUUCUAAAGACACGUCUGUCAUUCAAAGUCCUAAAUUAAGUGGGAAAUAACAUGUGUAAAGUAAAAAAGCUAAAUUAAAAAAAAAUUCGUUUGUUCGACCUUUCUAUUCUAAUUUUUGGGGAAUGUGAAUUGAGACGAAAAACUUAUUUUUCGCCUAAAGCUAACAAGUAGGUUUCCCUCCGCUUGUGAAUUCAUUCAUGUCCAUCACAUGUGUUCAUUCACGUGACUUUUAUCAUGUGAGCGAGAUAUUAAUCCGGUCCCGUGAUGUAUGAAUUGCUUCGUUUGAUGUUAUUGUGUAGCAUAUUAAGAGUGAAAACACUACUAUUUUCUGUUUUGCAAGACAUUGUGUGAAGAUUACCAUCUGUAGUUUUUUAAGAACGGUGUUAUGGUAUUACAAAUGACAUUAUGCAGAAAAAUUUAUUUGUGUUGUUUUUAUGUUGUAUGCAUAAGCAUGUUUUAACAUUAGUUUAACUCAUUUACGUAUGUAUGUUUGUCGCCUUGAUUAUUUUUUUCUUAAGUAAAAUACUCGAUCGUGAACUGUUCUGCCAUGUUCAUGUUUGUUGUUCUUUACGUCCUCGAAUUUACUCAAUGCUGUGUGUGAUAUUUUGUUACCUAGACAUCUGUUAUUCUGAAAUGCAUGUGCUUCAAAACAUUUUUAAUUUGGAUUUUAACAGAAAAGUUUGGUUGAGUGAAGAAUUGCGCUUUGUUUUGAGCCUUUUCAUUUUCGUGUGCAUAUUCGUUUGUUAAACAUCCAGAAACACAUCAUAUUUUGUAUUGCUCAUUCGCGUGUUUAUGUCAUUUUUUGCCGUUUUAAAGCGAGUAUAUACAAUCUCAUUUCUUUUUUAAACAGAUACAACUCUGAUGAACCAAAAACUAAAUUAAAGGAUCAGAAGUAGUUAUAACUGAAAAUAAACGAAAGAAACGGUAUAUUCAAUUGCAAAUGAUUUUCUGUGAUUCAGUAGAAAACUUAUUCACGUACACACGAAAUCAACUAUGUUGUGAAUUCCACAUUAGUAUUUGUGUUAUUAUAGUUACAACGCACAUACAAAAGAAAUGUGUCAGCAUUUAUUGUCCGUUCAGGGCACUUUGUGCAUUGUGUAACGUUGCAACCAAGACGUUGGAGAUACAUAAGAAGUUGGUAUAAGUAUAGACAAUAAUGAGUACAUUAAAAAUUGUGGAGUAGUAAGAAUUGUAUGUGUUGCUUCCUGAAACUGCAUUUUAUGCAAAUUAUUGUCUUUGUUACUGAAUGAAACUGUUGCAGUCUUCUUUUCAUUGCUUUUUGCCUUUCCUUUUCUCAUUGAAAGUCUUUCUGCCCUGUCAGUGUUGUGCUUAUAUUCUAUAUUGAAUCACUACCACAGUGCAUGCAAUCAUAUAUUUUAUAGAACAUAAUACGGCUGUUAGUGAUUUAUAUGACGUCCCAUCCGCAAUGAACUUAUCAUCUCGACUGCUUUGUUGCGUUUUUAUGAACAUUCAUGGAGUUGUUAAAAAUGUAUGCCGAGUGACCGUUUAUCUUUUGAAACAAGUAUGGGUGCGUUAAAUGACGAAGGAUUGCUUUGUAUAAUAAAUGUAUUGCUAUAAGUUGUUGAUGGUCUAAAUGAUAUAAAUGUGCUUUGUAGUUGUUUAUGUAUAAUAUUGUUAUAUAUACAAUGUAUAACUGAAUGAUCAAACAAGUGUAAAUCAAAGGGGAACAAAUCAAGGCAAUGUUGUUGUUUGUUACAAUUCAUAGCAGUUAUUUCUCUUACCACAAAUAUAGUUUGAGUUGUACAAUUUUUGAUUAAGUUAUUGAAUAUAUUUUGUGUUGUCGUUUUAGUGCAAUUAUGAUGUAUCGUGUUUGAAUAAGAACGAUUUUUUCUUUAGUAACUGUAAACUUAUAUAAUAAAACAAUAUAUGUAAAA